CCUGCAAAGUCCACUAGCAGUGCAGAGAAGAAGGACCGCAAGCCCAAGAACGAGGGUGGCAAGGGCCGCAAGAAGACCCGCUCUGAGACUUACUCCUCCUAUAUUUACAAGGUCUUGAAGCAGGUUCAUCCCGAUACCGGUAUUUCGAACAAGGCCAUGUCCAUUUUGAACUCGUUUGUGAAUGAUAUCUUUGAGCGUAUUGCUGGAGAGGCCUCCAAGCUUGCUGCUUACAAUAAGCGCUCAACUAUCUCCUCCCGCGAGAUUCAGACUGCUGUCCGUUUGAUCCUCCCCGGUGAACUUGCAAAGCAUGCUGUUUCUGAGGGUACCAAAGCUGUUACAAAAUACACCUCCUCCAAGUAAAAUAGGCCAAGGUGUAUUUUUUCUCGGGACAGGAAGCAAGGAUGACGUUUGCAACAAGGCGUACGGAAACGCGAAAAAAAAAUAAAAAAAAAUGGACUCGGGACCCAGACCUUCCAACCUACUUCAACCUCCUUUGCGACUCUUUUUUAUAUUAUUUUUGUUUUUUAUUUUUAUUUUUUUUUCUCAACUACCAUGACGCGUCUAUGAUUGACAUUUUUGAUUUCAAUUCAAAUCCAAUUCAUCUGCUUGAUCCAAGUAUCCGAUGGUGACGUGUCAAGUCUUUGUUUAUUUUUUUUUUAUUUUUUUCAUUUUCCAACCUUGAGUCUCAACCAAUCGACCUUGACCUUUUCCGAUUUCUUCCAUGGUGUUCCAUGAAUCCGACCUUGUACAUCAUCCAAAUUUGGCUUCCAUGCAAUGUAAUAAAUCAACACUUGAAAUUUGAUUCUUGAUCAUGUUCAUUUGUUUCUUAAUUUGGAACGCGUCUUGACCUAUUAUUAAACCGAUUUGCCACCAAUAUCUAGAAUAUAAAUGUUAAAGACUGGGUGUUUACAAUCAGAUCGCGUGAAUAGUGAAUAACAAUUUUGCC